GUAGUGGAUGCUACUUGAAACGUCUGACCGUUGCCAAAACCAUAUCCAGUUGCUUAAGCGACUGUUUUUGGAGUAUUUCGGGUUGUACGUGCAACCUUCAGUCUACAGUGACUAGUCUACGAUCCACACUGACGAUGCUGCCCGCCAUUUUCUCAGUCUCCCUCCUGUUUGUGAUAACCAGCGCUGCUGCCGGCCCUCCCACCACCUUCGUCUGGCCCACCAAAACCACCAGCCCGACUCUGCCCACCAAAACCACCAGCCCGACUCUGCCCACCAAAACCACCAGCCCGACUCUGCCCACCAAAACCACCAGCCCGACUCUGCCCACCAAAACCACCAGCCCGUCUCUGCCCUGUCGGGACUACCUCAGGUUUACCUGCCCGCAGCUGAACUGUCCGGACGCCGUGCCUCACAACUACGACAGAUGUCUGUGCGGGCACUGUCCUAACGGUCCGUUGACCACCGCGCCGACAACCGUACAGACCCCAACUCAAGCCACGGCCGCUCCUGCGCUGAAAUCCGGCAUGCCAACUCUACGGACGACCGAGACAACGACCACUGAGCCUUGGACUACCACCUACCCUGCCACAACCUGUAUCUGCGGACAUUGCUAUCCUGUCCCUUGGCUAUGGAAAAAGCCGAGGUGCACUACCCGUACCACCGCCGGCCCCACCAUGACCACCGAGGCCUGGACCACCACCACUCCCAUCACCUACGCCACCAACACCCCCAUGACCACCCCCCCUCUGCCUUGUUUGCUCCGCCGCUUGAAGAACCUGAGCUAUGACUGCCUCGACCCUCCGUGCGUGGACAAGGCGGAGUACAACUCCUUCGCCUGCUCCUGUGGAACAUGUCCUACCGGUCCGAACUGUUACGCCUGGGACGGUUCCAUUAUCCCCGCGGGGGAGCCAGUUGCAGUGGACGGUGCCAUGUGUGAGUGCAGGUGGAAGACGUGGGGGGACAGGUUCUCCCCGUACGCAACCUGCAGAUGGGGCGUCCUCUCGGGCUGACCGAUAAACCAUCGUGGCAACAUACGAAUUUUACGGAAUAAACACAAAUUUUACGGAAUACUUUACGAACUUUAUAGAAUACAAACGAAUUUUACGGAACGCAUAUAAUUUUACAGAAUAUAUACGAAAUUUACGAAAUACAUACGAAUCAACUUACGAAAUACAAACAUGUACAAUCCAUACUAAUUUUGUGAUCCAGGCGCAGAUCACCAUGUUAAAAAGGAUCGUAUGUUUCCGAGUCAUGGAUUCCAUAAACUUCGAAUUACUUCUUUAAUUUUUUUGGCACCCCUGUAAGAGUGACAUGGCAGUCUGCACACAGCAGAAAACGAGUGACAAUUUGAAAUUAAACAAGCAAACAAGAAAUGGUAGAA